UCAGGAUGAGAACAGAAAUCGUGCGGCAGCAGCAGGAGGCCCCAUUAGCUAAAGUGGUGCUUCAGGUUAAGAACAGUUUCAGGUUAAGAACGGACCUCCAGAACGAGGUUCCACUGUAUAUGCCUCCUUUUAUCAAAAGUUCCCAGGGAAGUGUGCAACAUUAAAAACACAUUACAGAACAUAAAUGAUAAAAACAUACUGAAAAUUAUGCUGACAGACAGCUUAAUACAACCUUUUGUAUUAACCAAGUUGUUUUGACGCCUGAAGCAAAAAACAAAACAAAAAACCCCACCACAAAUGCUUUCCCUGGGAGUACAAAAUACAAUGAAAACAAAAUAACAGAUUUGCUACCCAGAAUCAAACAGCAUCUCUCACUGCAUCUGACUGUAAGCAGGAUUUUCCCUGCUUACCUAAAAGAGAAAUUCCCUAAGUGUCUGCGCACACAACCACACACACACCCUGCUAGUUACGGUAUAUAAUUCUUGGUCAGGAAACCUAAAAGCGAAACAAAAACACUUGUUUUUUUCAGUUGCUUCCUGCUGCUCCCAGAGUCCUCCGCCAUCCGGUGUCGGUUGCACAAAGGGAAAUGCCAGGCCUUUAUUGCAUCAAAAGGAGCUUGAGUUAAGAAUUGCUGUUGCUGUUGUUGUCACUUGGAGACAGGCUUGGGGAGAGGCUUGGAAGAGGAGGAGAUGGAGGAGAUGGAAAUGUGCGAGAAGCACCGUGAGCCCCUGAAGCUCUUCUGCAAAGACGACGAAUGCCUCAUCUGCUUGGUCUGCGACAGAGCCAAGGAGCACAGAGGACACAACGUGGUCCCUGCAGAGGAAGCUGCCCCGGACUACAAGGUAACGGUAUUCACCGUGACAGAAGGUCAGGGAAGAAAAACAUGUAGUUGUCCAGCUUUUGGGGGGAUGCCCCCAAAGAAAGGACAUUACAGGGGAGGGGAGCGGCUUCAGUGGGAUUUGAACAGGACCUCUGUUAAUUGAGUACUUUCAAUGCUUUUCAAUAAUUUUGGUAGAUCUAAGCCCAUGGAUGUAGCCAAGUGAGUCCGUAAGUGACUGUGGAGGCCAAUUCUGGAUCCGUACGUCCACAGUGGGGACAUAGGUUUCUGGGCAGGAGUUGAUCCUGGCGAGGGUUUGCCAAGCGUUCCUUCCUCUUAGCCCGUUUCUCCUUUUUGUCCUGAGUUCGGGCGUCUUCAAAGUCCACAACGCCUUUGGUAAAGAAUCGUGUGCUUCACCGUAAGUAACGUGGAGAAAAAGGUGGUUUAAAUGCAACAAAUCAGUCAAAAUGAAUAAAGCAGUACAGUGGUACCUUGGGUUAAGAACUUAAUUCGUUCUGGAGGUCCGUUCUUAACCAGAAACUGUUCUUAACCUGAGGUACCAGUUUAGCUAAAGGGGCCUCCCGCUGCCGCCAUGCCACUGCCACGCAAUUUCUGUUCUGAUCCUGAACCAAAGUUCUUAACCCGAGGUACUAUUUGUGGGUUAGCAGAGUCCGUAACCUGAAGCAUCUGUAACCUGAAGCGUCUGUAACCUGAGGUACCACUGUACAGUGGUACCUCUGGUUACGAACGCUUCAGGUUACGAGCUCCACUAACCCAGAAGUAGCUGCUCCUGGCUGCAAACUUUGCCCCAGGAGGCGAACGGAAAUCUCGCACCUGAGGCGCAUGCGCAGCAGGAGACCCCAUUAGCGAAAGCGCGCCUCAGGAUAAGAACAGUUUCAUCUUAAGAACAGACCUCCGGAACGAAUUAAGUUCGUAACCAGAGGUACCACUGUAUCAGAAGACUUUGAACAGUCAUGGUUUCCCUCAAAGAAUCGUGGAACUGCGGUUAAGGGUGCUGAUAGUGAUAUGGGACCUCAAUAAUAAUAAUAAUAAUAAUAAUAAUAAUAAUAAUAAUAAUAAUUUUAUUAUUUAUACCCCUCCCAUCUGGCUGGGUUUCCCCAGCCACUCUGGGUGGCUUCCAACCAAAUAUUAAAAACAAUACAGCGUCAGACAUUAAAAACUUCCCUAAACAGGGCCGCCUUCAGUUCUAAUACAAUACUCUCCUCACAGAGCUGCAAUUCUCAGAGUAACCAUCCCUCUUCCCAGGGAACUCUUAGCUUUAUCUCUUUUACACACCAGCAAUUUCCCCCGAUGUCCUUUUGUGCUGUAUAUCUCUUCUCUGCAACACACAUAGAAGAAACUUUGCUUUUAGAUUCCAUUCCUACUGCCUAUAAAAAUUUCUCACAGGUUUAGGAUUUGCUGUCUGUGCUGAGCUUUCUGCAUACAUUUUGUGCAGCUUCCAACUAGUUUUUGGAAGAUUUUAGUUCUCAUCAUGACACAGAAAUGUUUGUUGUUGUUGUCGUCAUCGCCCCCCACCACCUCCACCACCACCCUGAGCUUCAGGCUACGGACAGCUUUGAACAGAUGAUAUAGAGUUUUGUUCCUGGUUCACAAUUUUAUCUUGAAACACUCCCCCCCCCCCUUUUUCUAAUUCUACCUGGACCAACUUUCUCUUUGUUUUUUUUCCUGGAUGCCAGAAUGAUCUCUAGUAACAUAUAUCUAACAACACAGAAAAAACAAUGCUGCCCAGAAAAAACACUGCUGUCCAGGGUUGUAAAGACUGCGGAGAGAAUAACUGGGUGCACUCUUCCCACCUUGGAUCAAAUCUACGCUUCCAGGUGCCAUAAGAAAGCUGCAGAGAUAGCACAGGAUAGUGCGCACCCCGGAAAUGAUCUCUUUCAGCUUCUGCCUUCUGGAAGAAGGUAUAGGGUUAUAAAGACCAGGACUAGCCGCCUGAGAAACAGUUUCUACGCAAAUGCAAUUCUGGUUCUAAAUGCAGCAUAAGGCGUCUUUAUAGUAUAUUAUAUUUUUUAAUUGGGUUUCAGAGUUUUUUGGGGUUUUUGAAUGUUUUAUGUAAUUUCCAAUUUCAUUGUUCUGUAUGGGACGAUGACAAUAUAGAUAUUGUGUAUCAUAUAGAAGCAGGUUUCUAGGAAUUUCACUAUGUUCUUAAACUAAAAGGUCAGGUAAAGGUAAAGGGACCCCUGACCAUUAGGUCCAGUCGUGACCGACUCUGGGGUUGCAGCACUCAUCUCACUUUAUUGGCCGAAGGAGCCGGCGUUUGUCCGCAGACAGCUUCCGGGUCAUGUGGCCAGCAUGACUAAGCCACUUCUGGCAAACCAGAGCAGCGCACAGAAACGCCGUUUACCUUCCCGCCGGAGCGGUACCUAUUUAUCUACUUGCACUUUGACGUGCUUUCGAACUGCUAGGUUGGCAGGAGCAGGGACCGAGCAACAGGAGCUCACCCCGUCACAGGGAUUCAAACCACCGACCUUCUGAUUGGCAAGUCCUAGGCUCUGUGGUUUAACCCACAGCGCCACCCGCGUCCCAAAGGCCAGGUAGUUAAUGGGAUAAUGUAGUAAACUUUUAACUAGAGUAUUGGUGGUGUUUAGCCUGUCCAGUGUAGGAUUCAGCAAUGGAUAAGAUGCAGCUAAUUUUAAUCUUGCCUAUUGCAAUCACCACUUUAUACUCUCCUUUCUCCAGGUUCCAUCUGUGUACAACGUGCUGUCGAUUUCUCUUUGACAUUAUAAUGCUGAUGUCUUUCACCAGCUGAAAUGCACUCGCUGCUCUUCUGCUGGUGUAUUUAAAAUUAAUCUUUCCAAACAGAUUGUAGCCUCUUGGGUCCUCAUUUUCAAUCUCUGCUGCAUCUGGGGGCCUCCUUGUUCGUUCUGCUGGGUGGGGUCUCUGGACUUUUGCCCCGGUGGCACCAUUCGCAGUGUUGAGAACUUAAUCUAUUCAUGUUCACAGAAUCCUAUAUAUAACACAUCCUGCCAAACAUUUGCUUGUGAGCCUUUAUUUCUUCCUGACUGCUGUUUGAGGUUGCAGACCGGAAAACCCAAUUGUGUGCUUGCACAAGAUAUGCAGGUACACAAAAAUCCAGAUACACAAAGGCUGACAAGAUUAAAUAUUUGUAACCACUGUUGAUUUUAAUCAACUUUUGAAUAGUUUAAUACCCAUUUUUAUCCAUUAAUUGGCAAUUUUAAAAGUUUUCUAUUGUUGUAAAGUACCUAGAGGUGGGUUUUUGUUUUGUUUUUUUACAGUCAAGGGGGUAGAUAAAUUUUGUAAGUAAGCAAGCAAGUAAAUGAAAUCAGCUAUAACAUUUAACAAGUAAUGAUAACAAAGUAAUGAUAGACAAAUAAUAAUAGACCAGAUGACUGGCUGGCCUAUAAAUCUUUAUUAUAAGGAUAUGGAGACUGGAUUUGAGGUUGUUGGAUUCCAGCAGUAAUAAUAAUAAUAAUAAUAACAAUAAUAAUAAUAAUAAUAGUAAUAUAUUACUUAUACCCCACCCAUCUGGCUGGGUUUCCCCAGCCACUCUGGGCGGCUCCCAACAGAAUUAAAAGCACAAUAAAACAUCAAACAUUAAAAGCUUCCCUAAACAGGGCUGCCUUCAGAUGUCUUCUAAAAGUCAGAUAGUUGUUUAUUUCUUUGACAUCUGAUAGAAGGACGUUCCACAGGGCAGGCAUCACCACCAAGAAGGCCCUCUGCCUGGUUCCCUGUAACCUCACUUCUCGCAGGAAGGGAACCACCAGAAGGCCCUCAGAGCUGGACCUCAUUGUCCGGGCUGAACGAUGGGGGUGAAGAUGCUCCUUCAAGUAUACUGGGCUGAGGCUAUCAAUCCCAGGCCAGCAUGGCCAAUGGUCAGGGAUGAUGGAAACUGUAUCUGAAAAGUCACAAGUUCUCCAUCUAUCCUUUAACACUUUCCUUCUCUGUUGUCCGUAUCUCUUCUUUAGAAAUCAGCUCCGCCACUUAAACCCUUCAUUUUACAAAUAGCUCUGCCUUAACAUCUGUUUAUUUCCCUUUCCCUACACACCUGAAAUUGCAGUUUGGCAGAGAAGGGCUCAGGAGUGGAUAAAAUGGAUUGCUUCAAGAAGUGGCAGAGAGAUAUUUCUAGAUUUGUCUGGCAGGGCAAGAAGCCUAGAAUAAAAUUUAAAAUACUAACGGAUGCAAAGGAAAGAGGCGGAUUUGCCCUGCCAGACCUUAAACUUUAUUAUGAAUCAGCAGCUUUUUGCUGGCUGAAAGAAUGGCUGCUUCUUGAAAACACAGACAUUUUGGAUUUAGAAGGCUUUAAUAAUGUAUUUGGAUGGCAUGCAUAUUUAUGGUAUGAUAAGGUCAAAGCACAUAAAGCAUUUAAAAACCAUAUUGUCAGGAAAGCAUUGUUUAAUGUCUGGAUAAGAUACAAGGACCUACUUGAAAAUAAAACCCCAAGGUGGUUGUCACCGAUGGAAGCGAAGGCUCAGAAAAAGCUCAAUAUGGAGGCCAAAUGGCGAAAUAUUGGGAAAUUUUGGAACAAGAGGGAGACAGAUUGAAAUUGCAGAGUUUUGAAAAACUAAAAAAUAAAGUGCGAGAUUGGCUUCAUUAUUAUCAGAUAAUGGAGGCAUAUAAUUUGGACAAGAAAAUUGGCUUCCAGGUGGAAAAAUCUAAAUUGGAAACAGAACUGUUAGAACCCAAAACCAAGAUUUUGUCAAAGAUGUAUAACUUGCUGUUGAAAUGGAAUACUCAGGAUGAAAUGGUGAAAUCUGCUAUGAUUAAAUGGGCACAAGAUGUUGGACAUAACAUAAUGAUGGCUGACUGGGAACAGUUAUGGACCACAGGUAUGAAGUUUACGGCAUGUAAUGCCUUAAGAGAGAAUAUUAUGAAAAUGAUAUACAGGUGGUGCAUGACACCAGUCAAGCUUGCAAAAAUCUAUCAUUAGCCGAUAAUAAAUGUUGGAAAUGUAAAGAAACUGAAGGUACAUUCUUUCACCUUUGGUGGACGUGCCCAAGGAUUAAGGCUUUCUGGGAGAUGAUCUAUAAUGAAAUGAAAAAGGUAUUUAAAUAUACCUUUCUGAAGAAACCAGAGGCCUUUCUCCUGGGCAUGGUUGGCCAAUUGGUGCCAAAGAAGGAUAGAACUUUCUUUAUGUAUGCUACAACAGCAGCCAGCAAGAAUACUUAUUGCAAAGUAUUGGAAGACACAAGAUUUACCCACCCUGGAAGAAUGGCAGAUGAAGGUGAUGGACUAUAUGGAACUGGCGGAAAUGAGUGGCAGAAUCCGAGACCAGGGAGAAGAGUUGGUGGAAGAAGAUUGGAAGAAAUUUAAAGACUAUUUACAGAAAUACUGUAAAAUUAAUGAAUGUUAGAAUGAUGUCAGAAUGAAGUUAAGUGGUUUUAGCAGCAAUGUUACAAAGGAGUAUGUAAAAAUGGAUUGUUAACAGGUGAGAACUUAAAGUUACAACAUAUUAAGUUAAAGGAUUAGGAUAAAAACAAAGAGGGAAAGGAUUUGCUGAAUUAGUUAAUUGAACUGGAGUACAAAAAAGGGAGGUGUGAGGAGGUCAGGGAAACAAGUUAAUGAAAGAAGUGUUUUUACUUUUCUGUAUUUUGUAUUUUUUCUUUUUUUCCCCUUUUUUCUAUUUUUGUAACCUUUUUUGAAACUUCAAUAAAUAUCAUUUUUUUAAAAAAAGAGAAGGGCUCAGGAGUUCAGUGGGCGUGGAAUGUAAUGUAAAAGUGCUGUCUAAAAUGUAUAAAAUAUUGUUGGAAUAGGUGACAAAGGAUGAGCAAGUAAAAUCCUCAAUGAUACAUUGGGCAAUAGAUAUCGGUUAUAAUAUAGAUAUGGAAGCACGGGAAUGAUUGUGGAAUAGGGAUACAAAAUUUACAGCAUGCUAUGGUUUAAGAGAAAAUUAUUUGAAAAUGAUAUAUUGAUGCUAUCUAACACCGAGUAAACUGGCAAAAAUGUAUAAAAAAUUUAAGUUUUGGAAAUGUAAAGAGAAAGAAAGCUCUUUUUAUCAUAUGUGGUGCUCUUGCAGUAAGGUUGAGGCUUACUGGGAAAUGAUAUACAAUGAAAUGAAAAGGAGGUUUAAAAUAACAUUUGUUUUAAAAAAGCAAUAAUAAUAAUAAUAAUAAUAAUAAUAAUAAUAAUAAUAAUUAAUUAUUUAUACCCUGCCCAUCUGGCUGGGCUUCCCCAGCCACUCUGGGCGGCUUCCAACCAAAUAUUAAAAUACAAGCCUUUCUCUUGAGAAUUAUAGAGAUAGAACUACCUAAAUUAUAUAGAAAUUUAUUUAUGUAUGCCACUACAGCAGCAAGAAUGCUUGUUGUUGUUUAGUCGUUUAGUUGUGUCCGACUCUUUGUGACCCCCUGGACCAGAGCACGCCAGGCACUCCUGUCUUCCACUGCCGCCCACAGUUUGGUCAAACUCAUGUUUGUAGCUUCGAGAACACUGUCCAACCAUCUUGUCCUCAUAAUGUUACUUGCCCCAAAAUGGAAAGAAGCAGAAGUCCUAGCAAAGGAAGAAGGGAUACAAAAACUUUUGGAAUAUGCAGAAAUGGCAAAAAUUACCUGAAGAAUAAGAAAUCAAGAUAAACAUUUUAUAAAAGAAUGGAAAUGGUUUAUUGAAUAUUUUCAGAUAAAAACACUGGCAGGAUUAUUGUAAGAACCUGCAGCUACAUAAGAGUAUAUUUAUAAAGAAGAUAAAUAAAUGAGCAAAUUAAGUUAAUUUGGAUAUGCCGAAGAUAUUAAAAAUAAAUUUAAGGAACCACAGAAAAAGGUGGAAGGAAGUCAAGUUUUAAGACGUCAAAAUGAUUGUAAGAUCAGUGAAAUGUAUAUAUCUGAAAAGUAUAAAUAAAAUAAAAUAAAAAAGAGUUUAGUGGGCAUCUCUUGUCCCUCCCUGGAAACAAUGGCAUUUGGGCAGUGGGGAAGAGGAGUUUGCUCACUUGGCUACAUGAUGUUGUGCAUUUUCUGUUUGUUUAGGAAGAAAUUGAGAGCCACCGGAAGUCUGUGGAGCUCAUGAGAAAGAAUCUUGAGGACCGUGUGUUGGCCGAAGAGCUGGGAAGCCAAGAAUGUCUGGUACGGGUUUGUGGUUAUUAUGGUAUACACCUGGGGGUCAGCAUUGCAGAGCUUUAGGGAGGCAGCAUGCCCACCCUAAACUUCUGUGGCAGCUGUGAAGGGUCUCAGAAAUCCCCUCAAAAAUCCACAAUGUCCCAUGGAGAAAGCAGUGGGUGGGAGGCAAGGCUGGUCAAAUGUUGCUGAAUCACAGGCAGAUCCAAAGUGAGCACUUCUGAAGGUAGCCCUGUUUCGGGAAGUUUUAAAGUUCUGAUGUUUUGUCAUGUUUUUAAUGUGCGGCAGCUAGACUGGUGACUGGGAGUGGCCACCGGGACCACAUAACACCGGUCCUGAGAGAUCUGCAUUGGCUCCCAGUACGUUUCCGAGCACAAUUCAAAGUGUUGGUGCUGACCUUUAAAGCCCUAAAUGGCCUCAGCCCAGUAUACCUGAAGGAGCGUCUCCACCCCCAUCGUUGUCCCCGGACAAUGAGGUCCAGCACCGAGGGCCUUCUGGCGGUUCCCUCAUUGCGAGAAGUGAGGUUACAGGGAAUCAGACAGAGGGCCUUCUCGGUGGUGGUGCCUGCCCUGUGGAACGCCCUCCCAUCAGAUGUCAAGGAAAUAAGCAGCUAUCUUAUUUUUAAAAGAAAUUGGAAGGCAGCCCUGUUUAGGGAAGUUUUUAAUAUUUAAUCCUGUAUUGUUUUUAACACUUGAUAGGGAGCCACCCAGAGUGGCUGGGGAAACUCAGCCAGAUGGGCGGGGUAUAAAUAAAUUACUAUUAUUAUUAUUAUUACUCAUGCAUUCUCCAUGAAUGAUCCUCAUCUUCCAUCAGGUUUUCCUCUCCGCAUUUCACUCUUUGCAUGUUUGCCUCCUAGGCAAAGUUAGAAGCCGAGACAAAGAAAGUCAAGUCUUCCUUUCAUCGGAUGUGCAGAUUGCUGGAAAGAAUGGUGCACCUCAAGCUGACCCAGAUGGAAGAUCUGAAGAAAGAGAUCAAUAAGAGGCAGCAAGAAAACGUCAGCAGGCUCUCCGAGGAGAUCUCCCACCUCAACGAUAUGAUCGCUGAGAUGGAGGAGAAGUGCCAGCAGCCGGUCUGUGGAUUCCUGCAGGUGAGACAUGAGACCAAGACAUCUCCCAGCAGUUCCUACAUGAGAAAUGUAGGCCUGCUGCCUACCAGCCCUAUUUAGGAAAAUAUAAACUGCCAUUGGACAUUAAGGAUUACAGCUGGGCUUUCUCUCCAUCAACAUCUUGUCAUGAAACAAAUGUGAUUGCUCGUUAUUACUUCUUAGUAUUUACAGUGGUACCUCGGGUUAAGUACAGUGGUACCUCGGGUUAAGUACUUAAUUCGUUCCGGAGGUCUGUACUUAACCUGAAACUGUUCAUAACCUGAAGCACCACUUUAGCUCAUGGGGCCUCCUGCUGCCGCCGCGCGAUUUCUGUUCUCAUCCUGAAGCAAAGUUCUUAACCCGAGGUAAUAUUUCUGGGUUAGCAGAGUCUGUAACCUGAAGCGUAUGUAACCUGAAGCGUAUGUAACCCGAGGUACCACUGUACUUAAUUUGUUCCGGAGGUCCGUUCUUAACCUGAAACUGUUCUUAACCUGAAGCACCACUUUAGCUAAUGGGGCCUCCCGCUGCCGCCACGCCGCCGGAGCCCGAUUUCUGUUCUCAUCCUGAAGCAAAGUUCUUAACCUGAGGUACUAUUUCUGGGAUAGCGGAGUCUGUAACCUGAAGCGUAUGUAAGCUGAAGCGUAUGUAAACCUGAGGUACCACUGUAUUAGAUUUUUAAGCCACCCUUCACCAGGAUGUGGAAUGGGGACAGACUUCCAUUUUGUCCUUCACCUCAGGCCCUAGUUCUUCCAUUGAAGGAAGGGGGAAAGGACUCUCCACAACAACAAAGAUCAGGCCAGUGUGUGUGCUGGCUGUGUAACUGAGACCUAUUUCUCUGUUUCAGGACAUCAGAAGUGACUUGAACAGGUAUGUGGCUUUCUCCUACCAUCUUUUGCAUUUCAUCUCUGGUGGGAUUCCAUUUUAAAAGCACAUUUCUGUGGAGCACUGCCAAGUGCUAGAUUUCUACCUCAGCGUUGCUGAGGAACACAAAUGGGGCAAAUGACAACCCUCUGAAGAUGCCUAUCACUUGAUACUGAAAGGCAGGACACCUUCCACACGACCCAAAAGCUUACACUGCAGUCAACUGUAUUCCUAAACUCAUUCAUCCCUGAAUUUGAAUCCAUUGGUUUGGGUCCUACUCUCAGGAGCAGCAGAAAACAAGUUUGCUCCAUCUUCCAUUUUGACAGCCCUCCCAAAAUCAGUCUUCUCUUCUUCAGGCUAAACGUACCCAAUUCCCUCAACUGUUCCUCAUAAGGUUUGGUUUCCAGACCCUGCGAGGAAAAUUACCGUAUUUUUUGCUCUAUAAGACUCACUUUUUCCCUCCUAAAAAGUAAGGGGAAAUGUGUGUGCGUCUUAUGGAGUGAAUGCAGGCUGCGCAGCUAUCCCAGAAGCCAGAACAGCAAGAGGGAUUGCUGCUUUCGCUCGGCAGCGAUCCCUCUUGCUGUUCUGGCUUCUGAGAUUCAGAAUAUUUUUUUUCUUGUUUUCCUCCUCCAAAAACUAGGUGCGUCUUGUGGUCUGGUGUGUCUUAUAGAGCGAAAAAUACGGUAACUAUGAACUCCCAAAAUUCGGAUUGUCUCCAAACCUGUGCCAAAGUUUUGCAGGGUUGUUGUUGUUUUUAGCGAAAACCCUGCAAAAUUUGGGAUCCCUUCCUAACCGGUGCCAAACUAUUGCAGUUGUUUUGCAGUGAAACCCCCAUGUUUUGCAGCACCCCACAAACUGAGCAAUUGAUACAUCAGACACGGGGUUCGUACUUAACUACAAACCCAACCAGGAGGAAGGUUAUCUCGUUCCUCCAUUUAACCAUGAAAUCAACUAGAGCAGCAUUUUCUUGUAAAGUAAUGCCAUGUUCAAAUGACAGGCUGAGGCAUCAACUCACGAGUAAGAUCUACUCUCAACUACAUGUCAGGCUUCAGCACUGCGGGUGGGCCGGGGAGCAGUAGUUCCUAGCCAUCCCUUAAAUGUUAACCAUCUUCCCUUCCAGAUAUGAAAAGGAACAAGUAAGGGAUGCAAUUGAGCUUUCUCCUGGAUUGGAAGAGGCGGUUGGAGUUUACUCAGAGAACAGCUCUGCUUUAGGAAUUGCUGUGGAGACAUUUAAAGGUACUGGGAACAAGGUCAGCGGUUUGAAUCCCCGUGACAGAGUGAGCUCCCGUUGCUCUGUCCCAGCUCCUGCCAACCUAGUAGUUUGAAAGCACACCAGUACAAGUGGAUAAAUAGGUACCACUGCGGCAGGAAGGUAAAUGGUGUUUCCAUGCGCUCUGGCAUGGCGUUCUGUUGCACCAGAAGCAGUUUAGUCAUGCUGACCACAUGACCUAGAAAGCUGUCUGUGGAAAAACGCCUGUUCCCUUAGCCUGAACGUAGAGAUGAGCGUCGCAACCCCAGAGUCACCUUUGACUGGACUUAACCAUCCAGGGGUCCUUUACCUUUUUUUACCUUACUGGGAACAACUCUGGAAGGUCGAUGGAUACAGGUUUCUGUGGGUGCUCCACAGCUGAUGUUGGUGAGAGAGAGGGAGGGGAGGGAUGUAACGACAGUGUCCAUGGGAGUCUUUUAUCAGAUGCUUGAUUUACAUGUAAUGUGACAGUGCCAAAUGUAUCUGAAUAAAUGGAUAACUCUUUCCUCUACAUAACAGAGUCCUUGGAAUUCCUGGAGCCGGCGCUGUACAAAGGUAAUUUUCUUGGUCAGAUGGGAUGGGAGGUGGUGCUUGAGAUGGUUUCAAGGGGGCUAGCUCUGGAAGAGGGCCAAAUUAGAUGUUACCAUUUGCUUUAAUGAGAACCAUGUAAAUUGCACAAGGCAUUGGGGGGGGGGGUGAAGCAGGGACAACAUCAGGGGAAUAAGAGUUACAGUCCAACACCCUGAUGCUAGGGAAUCAGCCGUGAGCUCUAACCAAGGUAUGUUAUUUGGUUUACGGUUCAUGGUUUGUCUGGAGGAGACGAGUCUGGGUUUGUACAACACGCCAAACCAUGGUUUAGCACAUAGCAGCAUAACAGGAAGUCUAAGGAGAGCAGUGGCCUCAGUCUGCGGCAGCUAGACUGGUGACUGGGAAUGGCCGCGGAGACCAUAUUAAACCAGUCCUGAAAGACCUAGAUGGGCUCCCAGUACCUUUCCGAGCACAAUUAAAAGUGUUGGUGCUGACCUUUAAAGCUCUUGGCCCAGGAUACCUGAAGGAGCAUCUCCACCCCCAUCGUUCUGCCCGGACACUGAGGUCCAGCUCUCAGGGUCUUCUGGUGGUUCCCUCACUGCGAGAAGUGAAGCUAUAGGGAACCAGGCAGAGGGCCUUCUCGGUAGUGGCGUCUGCCCUGCGGAACACCCUCCCAUCAGAUGUCAAGGAAAUAAACAACUAUCUGACUUUUAGACGACAUUUGAAGGCACCUCUGUUUAGGGAAGUUUUUAAUGUUUGAUGUUUUAUUGUGUUUUUAACAUUCUGUUGGGCGCCACCCAGAGUGGCUGGGGAAACCCAGCCGGAAAGGCAGGGUAUAAAUAAAUUAGUAGUAGUCUCCUCUCUAGGGAACCUUCUUGUAAAGCCGUUUGCACUAAACUAUGGUUUGACUUAUGGCUCAUCCACACUUCUGCUUGUCUUGUGGUCUUCCCUCUGGGGGGGGGGGGCAUUCUUUAUCACCGAAUCAGAGCAAACGUCAAUUGGGUUUUCCAUGGAGUGAUGUUUGCUCUGACUCAGCGGUAAAGAGCGGGUUUUUCCCGGGGAAAGUGGCAGGGUGAAUGGAAAACCGCUUGCACCCAUGCCUAGAAACCACGGGCCAAGCAGAAUACCCAUUGGAUCCAUGUUUUCUAGACACGGGAGAAGCGGGGUGUGGACGAGCCACGAGAGUUGCGUGCGAAAACAGCUCACAGUACCCACGUGGCUUCACCGUUCAGUUCUAGGGAGGUUUAAAAACAGCUCCAUCCAAUUAGACCAUAUAGUACAUAAACAUUAAAUGGAAAAGACAUUCUGAUUUUGCCUUCCAUCCCCAGAGGCCUGGUGUCGAAAUUUAUACAAGGACAGGGCUCCUUCCCUGCAGAUCUCAACACCUGGACAGGUCUAUUUUGGACGUGUCGCAAAGCCGGUGAUUUCAUCAGCCAGCGAUUUCUCUGCUCUUUGCCUCCUGAAACAGAUUAAGGCAAAAGUCUGGAAGAAGGAGGGUUGUUUAUUUUUUUGGUUUUUUAAAAUGUCUCCAGAAACAGAAGUGAAUUCUUUCUGUGACAUCACUCAUUUCUUCUUUCUUCUCUUCUUCCUUCCUUCCUUAUCUGUGUUGGUGUAGUGGUUAAGAGCAGUAGACUCGUAAUCUGGUGAACCGGGUUCGCUUCCCCGCUCCUCCACAUGCAGCUGCUGGGUGACCUUGGGCCAGUCACGCUUCUCUGAAGUCUCUCAGCCCCACUCACCUCACAGAGUGUUUGUUGUGGGGGAGGAAGGGAAAGGAGAAUGUUAGCCGCUUUGAGACUCCUUAGGGUAGUGAUAAGGUGGGAUAUCAAAUCCAAAGUCUUCUUCUUCCUCUUCUUUCUCCUGCAGUGACGGUGACUCUGGAUCCAGACACGGCACAUUGCCGCCUCGUUCUCUCUGAGGACCUAAAAACUGUAAGGAAGGCAGAGGAAGAGCAGGCCUUGCCUGAUAAACCUGGAAGAUUUGAUGUUGGUCCCUGUGUGUUGGGCCGCGAGCGAUUCACUUCCGGAAGACAUUUGUGGGAAGUGGAGGUGGACAACGAAGGCAGCGGGGCGAUGUGGGCGGUGGGGGUAGCACGAGAGUCCGUCAGGAGGAAAGGAAAGGGCAGCUUCAGGCUGAUUCCCAGCGAGGGAAUCUGGGCUGUGGGGGCAAUAAUGGGCGAACUCGUAGCAUUUACUUCCCCCAAACAGACCCCUUUGGCCUUGGGGCAAGACCCCAGGAAUAUCCGCGUGACCCUCGACUAUGAGGAGGGACUUGUGGAAUUCUUUGAUAUGGACAGAGCAGAGCUGAUCUUUGCUUUUACGGGAGCCUCCUUCUCUGGGCAGAAGAUCCGGCCCUACUUCUGGGUAGGGUACAGAUCCCAGCUGAGGUGCUGAAUCGCAGGAAGGCGAUCCUUCCCCUUGUUUCUUAUCACUUCCCAGAAAGAAGGAAGCAUUCCAGCAAUUUUCCUUCAUAGCUCCAUGAAAGGUUCCCAAGCCAUUUUUCAGCCUCAGUGGUUUUUGAAUAGGACCUCCUGAUCUCAGAGCAGGAAGAGUGGCUAUAAAUGGAAUCAAAUCGUAGAAUCAUAGUUGGAAGGGACCCCAAGUGUCAUCUAGUCCAGCCCCCCUGCAAUGCAGAAAUCUCAACUAAAGCACCCAUGUACAAAUAAUAAAAAAAUACCACAGGAAGUUGGGUGGCUCCCUUUUGUGGCAGGUUUUUGAAAUAUUUACGUCUGCAUGCAAAAAUGGUAAAAGAAGCUACAAAUAACAGGUGUUGGUGUGGUUUUUUGGGGGGGGGGGUUCGCUUGAGCUCAUUUACAGUGGUACCUCGGGUUACAUACGCUUCAGGUUACAGACUCCGCUAACCCAGAAAUAUUACCUCAGGUUAAGAACUUUGCUUCGGGAUGAGAACAGAAAUUGUGCUCCAGGAGCGCAGCGGCAGCGGGAGGCCCCAUUAGCUAAAGUGGUGCUUCAGGUUAAGAACAGUUUCAGGUUAAGUACGGACCUCCGGAACGCAUUAAAUUCUUAACCCGAGGUACCACUGUACCUUUAAAGGUGGUAUGGCAGGCAGAAUUUCAACCAGUACAGACUAUCCCGUCCCUGCAUGUCCAGAUCCACCUUAAAGCAGCUAUAGAUCAAGUUGCCGAGAGUGGAGACAGGAAUCAAAUUAGCCCAAAGUCUCUUCUUGCUGUUCCUCCACCCGAACCUCAGCAGAAGGAAUUCCCUGUACCACUUCUCAGUAUUUUUUUAUAUCUCUCUGAGAGUCUGAGAUUUAUGAAAAUCCACCUGUAGGUUCCUCCUAACAAACUACAGUUCCUAGGAUUAUUUGAGUAAAGUUAUGUGCUUUGAGUGUGCAUUGGCUGUGCUUAAAAGUAUUGCAUAAAACAAAUGAAAUACCAUGAAAAUCCCUGAAACGAGAAGUAAUCAACUAGAAAUAUUAUCUUAUGGAAAUAAACUAAAUAAUAAGAAUCAAAAAGUUUAAGGAAAAAAUUAGAAAAACCUGUAGAAACUGUACCUUUGAGUCCUCAAUCCUUUAUUACUGCACUUUGCUUCCCUUUGGUCAAGCUAGAAUUAUAAUCCUUCAGAAUUUUGGGGAGUUCUACCCCCUUUUUUGGAUUUUUGGUCAUUUAAGGUUUAUGAAUUUUCUAUUUCCUUCUGAGGAAACUGAAUAGUUCAGUGAAACGAGGUCUGUAGCUGGCAUCCCGUUAAGGCUUUGUUCAAUUUUAGGUUUUUCUAUUUUUUUCCUGCUUACCUAUAAAUUAGAGACCACUUCUUCCUUUUUUAAAAAAUAGUUUUUAUUAAGAAUUUCAACAUAACAAAUUAUCAAAAACAUAUCAUCUUCAUUCCCCCCCUUUUUUCCCUCCCCAAGAAAAACCCACUCACCCCCAGACUUCCCUCAGCUCCUCUCUCUAAUUUUUCAACACAUAUUCUCUGCAUAUUACAAAAUUGUAAAGAUACUUAAAUUAUCUAUCUAUUAUGUUAAUAAUAAAUUUGUGUAUGUUUAUUC